AGUGAAUGAUUAACGGCGGCUGACCUGAAGGUUCCUUCCACACGAAGCUGCCUGUUAGUUCACAGCUGAUCCCUUCGCCCUCCUCGCUUCCUUUCCUUAAUCACUAAGUCACUUUAACUAAGGGCGCUUCUGAAGACCUGAAACCGACACCUUAAAGUCACCUGAGAGGGGGGGCGCUGUGCAGAGAUGGCUAUGGUUUGCCUCACAGACUUUGAGGAGUACGCAAAGGAGCAUCUCUCCAAGGCCACGUGGGACUACUACGCCGCCGGGGCAGACGAAUGCUGCACCAGGGACGACAACCUGCUGGCCUACAAACGGAUCCGUCUGAGGCCUCGCGUCCUGCGCGACGUGUCGUCGAGCGACACGCGGACCACGGUGCAGGGCACCGAGAUCAGCUUCCCCGUCGGCAUCGCGCCCACCGCCUUCCACUGCCUGGCGUGGCACGAAGGGGAGGUGGCCACGGCUCGGGCCGCCGAAGCCCUCAACACCUGCUACAUCAGCAGCACCUACUCCACCUGCUCGGUGGAGGAGAUCGUGGCGGCGGCGCCCAGCGGAUACCGCUGGUUCCAGCUCUACGUGUACCGGGACCGGAAGCUGUCGGAGCAGAUCGUGCACCGCGUGGAGGCACUGGGCUACAAGGCGCUGGUCCUCACCGUGGACGUGCCCUACACCGGCAAGCGCCGCAACGACAUCCGCAACCAGUUCAAGCUGCCGCCGCACCUCAAGGUCAAGAACUUUGAAGGAGUGUUCCAGCAGGAGGCCGCCGGCCCGGAGGAGUACGGCAUCCCGGCCAACACGCUGGACCCCUCCAUCAGCUGGAAGGACGUGUACUGGCUGCAGUCCAUCACCCGCCUGCCCAUCAUCAUCAAGGGGAUCCUGACCAAGGAGGACGCCGAGCUGGCCGUGGAGCACGGCGUGCAGGGCGUCAUCGUGUCCAACCACGGGGGCAGGCAGCUGGACGGGGGCCCGGCCUCGAUCGACGCCCUGUCGGAGAUCGUGGACACGGUGCAGGGACGGAUCGAGAUCUACGUGGACGGAGGCAUCCGAACGGGAAGUGACGUGCUGAAGGCGCUGGCCCUGGGAGCCAGGUGUGUUUUCAUCGGACGUCCGGCAGUGUGGGGCCUCGCGUACAAGGGAGAGGAAGGAUUGAGGGAAGUUCUGCAAAUCCUGAACGACGAGUUCCGUCUGUCCAUGGCGCUAUCAGGCUGCAGGAACGUGGCAGAGAUCAACAGGAACCUCAUUCAGUUCUCCAGACUGUGACGGACCAGCAGGGGGCGGCCCCCGAGGUGGAAGGACGUCGCACAUCAGGAGCCGCUUCGUGACCAAAGACAAGAGGGUUCGCUCGAGACUUUGACGCGUCAGGAAACACGACAAGACGUGCACGAGUGAGACCAGUGAGAACUGAAGAAUGAAAUGAUGGAGGGGGG